AAACAGAAGGACUCUAUUGUACGAGAUAGCUGAGGUUGCGAAUUAAGUGGACAGAUUUAAUCCAAAAAGAAGGUAGCUACGUAAAAACACGCAAGAUGACGCCAUCUAAACUUAACCUCGUCCCACUGAGGUAUAAGGAUACAUAUAUCGAGUAUAUGGACACAUGUGCGGAAAACAUAUUGCGUCUUCAAGAUAUUUGGGAAAAUUCUGGAAUCCCUGAUGAAAAAAUACACAAGCGUAUGAUGCAUCUUUUCACAUGGAUAAACGAAAGGUGGACGACCAUUAUUAAUGACGAACUGCAGGCGGUGGAAGAGCAGAAACGCCAAGUGCAGGCGGCGCUCUGUGACCUUACCGAGAUAUGUAACCAACUUGAAAUCGAAAUGCCAAAACAGCCUUCCUGCCUUAAUCUCCAACAGCAGCUUGAGUGGGUGGAAACUUCAUCGGCAAAAGUUGAGGCUAUCCGUGCCAAACGAGAAGCACUCUAUUUCGAUUUACGCAAGAAUGAAAAGGAACUUCUGGCGCGUAUGACAGAUGGAGUCGUCUGGAAAAUGCCUCGAUCCCUGACAUCUCGCGGAGUCCUUCGAACUUUACCAAAUGAUGACGACCUACGUGAGUUGACGUCUCACGUGAAAAUGAUCCGUGAAGAAAGACAAAUUCGUCUCGAAAAACUUCGGCCUCUCGUGGAAGCAUCAUGUAUGUUGAUGGAACGGAUGGGCAAAGUACCGCGCCUUCCCAUCGAAGAAGAUUUAUCGAAUUUGCCAGCUGAUCACUGGAACUUAACCCAAGAAAACAUUAAGCGCGCCGCAGAAGCGCGCGAUGCGUUAUCUCUGGAGGAAACCCAACUGCAUACACGUCACACUUCAAUGCUUGCCCAAUUAGGCAAAUUGUUUGAUCGGUUAGAUGUGACACAAGUUGAAAGGGAGGAAUUACUUACAGGCCUUACAAAUACGAAAACUUACCAGACCGUGGGAAAACUUGAGGAGCUUGUCGCUGAAUAUGAGGAGCUCAAACGAGCAAAUAUGGCAAGUUACGUCGACAAGCUUAGAAACGAGGUAAAAGAAUGCUACGCGGCAUUACGUAUUGGCGAUGAGUGGGCGGAGCCGGAACGAAUUAAAAAUAUGAUCGAACUGGGACCAUCUGAAGAGCUUAUCACCGAGUAUGAGCAAUCUAUUGGAGCUCUUAAGGCCAGAUACAGCCAAUUAAUGCCGCUCUUUAAGUUGCUCGACGAACGCGAUCAGCUCAAGGAGAUGUUGCGCGAACUCGAGGAAGCACAACGAGAUCCGAAUCGUUAUAAAAAUCGUGGAGGUGCUUUGCUUCAGGAGACGAAAAAACGCGAUCGUGUUAACAAAAAUCUACCCAUUGUAGUCAAGCAAAUUGUGAAGUUCCUUGACACAUAUGAGAAGGAGAACGGUGAGGUUGUAGUUGAUGGAAAACCAAUUCGUGAAGGAAUACGCGAGGACGACGACAAGAAGCCUCGCAGCGCUUCAGCUGCUUGCCAGUAUACGACGCCGCUGAAGGCAAUGAACAGGCCGUUAUCGGUCACUCCUGCUACAGCCAGACCUGCUUCGACAGUUGGCCACCGUAUUGCCGCCCUAAAGCGAGCUGGAACCUACACGGAGAUCAAGCCCAAAAUCAAGACUCUAGAACCUGCCUCGUCAAAGGCUCUAAUCGUAGGAAAAAUGUACACUCGGCACAUGGCUAUGAAAAGUCCAGGGAGCAACGCUAAAAAUAAGCUGUCUACGACGAGACGUGGCCUUCGACGAUCCAUUUCCUACGGCGACUUUGAGAGUCAGGUAUCAUCUACAGACGACAUGCACUCGACCCGUAUCGUUAAGCUUUCGAACGCAAUCGGCGAAUCAGGCCGGGUGAAGAGCAGGAAGGCUCUUUUCUAAGCCUGGCGUUCUUUCUCUGCUAACAACGACGAUGGUGCAUAACUGUAGAGACCAACAUAAUCUAAGUCUAAUAUGAAGCUCUAGUGGCUCUAGAAACGACUGACAUGCUUGUACAUAUGAUAGCUAGGUAUUUAUAGAGAUCUUUAUCGUGUCACUUAUAGGCACCAGCUUGGAUUCAAUUAUACAAACAUAAACCACAAAUGAAAGCUAAUUGUUCCUGAUCGAGCUGAUAAAAAGUAUAGGGGGCGCAACAACACAGGAUGUAUUUUUACAUAUUGGAAGCAAUCAAAUGAAUACACACAUGGUUGCGGCGAAAAUAAGACGUCGACCCUGUUGUGCGUUUAGGGAAGUUACAAUGGGACGUGUUCGAUUAGGAUGAAAUUAUGUGACGACAAUGACAUUAUCGACGUGACAAUAUUACGUGCACACUGUGCAGUAUGACAUUUGACGUUUAGGUUAAAGACGAGUAGGUAUUGUUUUGUGAAACGUAGAUUUGGGCAUCCACAGAUGGUCUCGAUCGAUCGCAGCUGGUGCUAUGAAGUUAGAUAGCACUGGGCUGUUAAGAAAGUUAAUAGUCGAGGGGGCAACUUGUGAACUUAAUACCCAAAUGACGAAUUUGGUAAGGACUCGGCUAAUUAACGUUACUUGUUGGGUUUGGGAUAUUAUGUAAUAGUUAAAACAGGGUUGAAUAAAUCCAGCGCAAAUGGCAAGGAUUAAAACAAUGCAUGUGUUUAUUAUAUAGUACAUAUUUCAUUGCGUAUUUUCUUAAUAAUAAAUUAUUAAGUCAUGCAGAUUUGCUGGAAUAUUAGCGAAAAUUUGAGACGAAUGUUCAUACUCAUGGUGUUAACAACUUUGCAGUUAACAUUUCUUUAGCUAAUACGCUUUACUUGGGUACCAAUUGGAGUACGUGUCGGGCGGGCCCGUUCAUUAGUGCAAAAUGUGUGUUCGAUAUCAAAUACAAAAAAAUUUUCUUGGCCUUAUUGUUCAUUGGCCUCUGAGGUCGAGCUAAACAAACUGAAAAGUGACGCGUAAAGUGAUAUAUAAUAAUAUUAUAAAUGCAGUGAUACUUCGUGCUUUCUGGUAUAAAGCUGAGAAUCCAAGUGUGCUACUCAGAAGUGGGUUAAUAAAUGUGAACAGAUUAUCAUUAAUUAACAAAAACAUUGUUCAGCAUAUGGAGCAUAAUUUCUUGAUUACGAGCAACACUAACAGGUGGAUUUGAACCUUGAAAUAAA